CAAGAGUCCGAAAUUCAAUUCAUAUCCCUCCCUCCAAAGUAACCCAAAACAAAUAAUGUCGUCAAGUUGGGGAGAGGAGGAGUUUACAGAGGAGGAUCUUCUCGCAAUCGAGGCCAUCGAGGCUUCCCAUCUCUCCUCCCAAUCCUCUUCUUCUUCUUCUGUGACCGUACGUCCUGCGACCUCAAAUCCAAAUCAGAUCCGUCGCCAAUUGCCUCGUUCCAUCACUUCUCCCACACCCUCUAAGCGAUUUCCACUCUCUCGUUGCAGAGCUAAGAAUUUUCCAGCGAUGAGGUUUGGAGGAAGGAUUUUGUAUAGCAAGACUGCUAGUGAGGUCGAUAGGCGAGCAAUGCAGCUUCUUAAGGUUCUUGAUACCAAGAGAGAUCUUUCUGGCCGUGCUUUCAUUGGCUUUGAUAUUGAGUGGAGACCCUGUUUUCGAAAAGGUGCUCUCCCUGGGAAGGUUGCAGUUGUGCAGAUAUGUGUAGAUAAUCAUUAUUGUGAUGUAAUGCAAAUUAUCCACUCUGGAAUCCCACAGAGUCUCCAACAUCUUAUUGAAGAUUCAACACUCGUAAAGGUAGGUAUUGGAAUCAACGGUGACUCUGUGAAGCUUUUCCAUGACUAUGGAGUGUCCAUCAAAGAUGUCGAUGAUCUUUCUGAUUUAGCUAACAAAAAAAUCGACGGAGGUUUGAAAAAAUGGGGCCUUGCGUCACUAACUGAGACACUUGUUUGUAAAGAGCUCCUUAAGCCGAAUAGAAUCAGGCUCGGAAACUGGGAGGCGCUUCCUCUGUCAAAGGAGCAGUUACAGUAUGCAGCAACCGAUGCUUACGCUUCGUGGCAUCUUUACCACGUUCUAAAGGACCUUCCUGAUGCUGUGGAUUGAUCGUAAGCGCAAAGGUUAGCCACUAGAUGCAAAUCUUGUGGAACUUGCAAAGGAUUUUUGAACCAUGGAUCUAAUUGCAGUCCAUUUUAAGUCGUAACUCAUGCUCGGUUUAAAUGUCUCUGUGGUAUAAGAUAAACAAUUGGAAUAACAAUGUAAAGAUUUGAAAAUCUUUUCCCAGGCUUUCUUUUAUGUUCUUAUAAA